AUGGAAGCCGAGAAACUGGAAAUAGUAAAAAAAAUGGAAGCUGAAAAGUCAAAGCUAGAAAAAGCUCAUUGGAAAGAUAAUGAACAUAUGAAAUCGAUGGAGAGCAUGUGUAAUGUGAGAGGCGCUUUGGAGUUUAUACGUUCGCAGCCAGUUUAUCCAAAGAUAAAGGAGGGUUACCGUAAACGGUUGACUAAAGUACCCCCUGAUGCAAAAA